AUGGCUCAGAACUUCCGGGCCCACCAAAACCGGGGUACCGACCGUCAGUCGGCGGCGCCCGGGGGAUAUGUCUAUACCGAUCCAGGACAUUCUCCUCAUGUGUCUUCUACUAGACGACCCGCGAUAGGUACACAAACAAACCAACAAGUCAUGGCGUAUGAGAACAUGCCACCGGCGAACCUUCCUUUCGACACAGACGUCAUUUAUGGUGACAUCACCCAAGCUUAUGCAAACCACACCAUGGUCGACAUGGGAUACAACACAGGUCCACCAGUGCUGGGUACUAGCGCAUCCAAUGACGGAUUCAUUGAAACACAGCAACUGCCAUCCUUCCCAGAACCACAGAUUACUGUGCCAGGAAGCAGCAGCAUCGACGAACUCUUCCCUACAUCUUUUGCCGCUACCGGGCACAUCUCACGGGAAUCCCAACUUACUCCCAGGACAAGUCAAUCGAGACUGCGAUGUGAAUGGAAAGGCUGCAACUACAGAAAUUCCUUCAAUCGGCCUACAGAUCUCAUUAGACAUGUCAAAACCAUACAUAUACUUCCUCACUCUUUCACCUGCGACGUACCGGGCUGCGAUAAAACUUUCAGUCGGAAGGACAACUUUAUGGAACAUAAACUGCGUGUUCAUCGCUUCGUCAGGAGACAGUACGGUGCCUAA